UAUAUAUAUAUAAGAAAGACUCCCAUCGCCUUCCCCAACACCAUCAAAAUCACCAACUCUCUCUUUAGUUUCUUCUUCACUGUCAAGAUCGAUCGAACCCAAAUUGAGGGAGAUCAUCGAUCGGAAAAUGAGUUCAGCUAGCAGAGCAUGGAUUGUGGCGGCAAGCAUAGCAGCCGUGGAGACCCUGAAAGACCAAGGGGUAUGCAGGUGGAAUUUCGUAAUAAGGUCAAUGCAACAACAUGUGAAGAACAAUAUCAGAUCGUAUUAUCAGGCCAACAAGCUCUCCGCUCGCUCUUCUGCUGCUAUUUCCAAUCAUAUUAAGCGGCGCUCCAAGGAGGAGUCCGUCAGAAAAGUCAUGGACUUGAGCUGUUGGGGUCCCAAUACAACUAGAUUCUAGUGUAAUUCAUAUAAUAUAUGAUGAUUGAUGAGGAUGAUGAUGAUGAUAUAGAAUGCCACUUUAUCUCACUACAUGUAACUUGAGCCUUCAAUUUCUAUUAUUCAGCUUCAAUUCCUUCUACAUUUUUUAUUUGUGCCAUAUAUACUAUUUCCACUUCUUUCUUUUUCUCUUGCCAUUUCCUUUUACAAAAGAAAAUAAAAGAAAAGAACAAAUAAAUAAAUAAAUCUUUUCCACAAUAGAA